AUGGCCUCCUCUCCUACCACACCCGCCGACGAAGGCUCCUUCAAGACCCCUCAAACUGUCCGAGUGAGGAGUGUGAGCAGCGGAGGGACCCCCAUCACCAUCCCAGCCUCACCGUUCAUGAAGAAGCUGGGCUGUGGCACAGGAGUCAAUGUUUACCUCAUGAACAGAGUGGGGAAGCUGAAUGCGUCUCCCUGGGCUGUGAAGAAGAUCAACAGUAGAUGUGCAACCAAGCAAGUGUCUGUUUACCAGAAACGCUUGAACGACGAGGCCAAGAUCCUGAAGGCGAUCAAUCACCCAAACAUUGUUGGUUUCCGUGCCUUCACCACCGCAAAGGACGGCUCCAAGUGUUUGGCCAUGGAGUACGGAGGAGAGCAGUCCCUCAACGACAUGAUAGAGAAAAGGAGGGAGGACGGCUUGAAGGCGUUUCCUGCUGCCAACAUAGAGAAAGUGGCGCUGCAUGUGGCUCGAGGUCUGCAGUAUCUCCACAAUGAGAAGCUGCUGCUGCACGGUGACAUGAAGUCAUGUAACGUGGUGAUCAAAGGCGACUUUGAGACCGUCAAGAUCUGUGAUGUUGGUGUGUCACUGCAGCUGGAUGAGAACAUGAGAGUGUCAGACCCAAAUGUGGAGUACAUCGGCACAGAGCCAUGGAAACCGAAGGAGGCUCUGCAGGAGGAAGGAGAAAUCACAGACAAGGCCGAUAUCUUUGCCUAUGGACUGACUCUGUGGGAGAUGAUGACGCUGGCCAUGCCUCAUCUGGAAAUGCUGGAGGAGGAUGAAGACGAAGACGAUUCGAUGGAGGGGAGUUUUGAUGAUGACGCUUACUAUGAGCGGCUGGGGACGAGGCCGCCACUAGACACAGAGGCUCUGGGCAACGAGUACCUGAAGAUGGUGGAGCUCUUUUACCUCUGCACAGAGGAAGACCCUAACAAGAGACCCUCCGCGGCCCAGAUCGUCCAGGCACUGGAGAGCAACGCCGUGCUGGAGAAGACGCCCUGCGAGGUUAUAGUCCUUGACUGAUUUUUCGAAAACUCACCAUUAAACUGUACUUCAAUGGGGGUUUUGUUUACAGCCCUUAUUGAUAUAAGUUUAAAGAAAACAACCUUGACAGACGCUCCCUGUAAUCACUUUAUUGUACUUGUACCUCACAGCUUCUUUUCUGGUGUCUCUAUUGUAAAUGUUUUACUGUCAUUAUGCAUUUCUAUCACUAAAUCAAAGUCUUUAAAAUUCA